AUGACUGAACUCAAGAACAUGAUGGCUCAAGUUCUUAAGGGACAGCUCAAGCAUAUCAAUGCAAUAGAAGGGAUGAGUGAUGCUAAUGAAGAUUCAUCAAGAGAAUGCAUGGGAGACUUCUCUAAUGAAGCCAAUGAAGAAGAUGUGAACUACAUUGGAAACUAUGGGAACAAGGGAUACAAUCGAAGCUAUCGCCCAAACCCCAACAUGUCUUAUAGAAACCCCAAUGUGGAGAAUCCUCAUUGGAUUAAGAGUUCUAAAAAUACAUCAUACGCCUAUGGUUCCCACGAUCUGCAGUUCGCUAAUCUUCUUCGCCAUCAUUUGAUCCAAGAGUCCAGCGAGCGCUUCAUCGCUGUAAAGGAAGCAGCUGGAGAGCUUGUAGCAGAGGAGGAGCAGCUUGAACCUGAGGAAGCUUUGGAAGCCUUGGCCUUACCAACUGGUCCCAUCACAAGGUCCCAGACUAAGAUGCUCAACCAAGACAUUGGAAGAGUACUUAGCCGUUUGAGUCGGCAUGAUCAGGAGCUUAAACAUUCCACUUUGCCAUUCAAUCCAUUCCCAUCUAUCCCUUUCAUCGAUCCAUUCAUCACUUCAUCAUCUCAAUCCAUUCCGCCAAGUUCUCUGGUUCCUUUCAUUCCAUCAUCAUCAUUCAACCUCUACUUGCUUCAAAGUGCCGAUCCUCAACAAGGGGUCUAUCAAGUGGUCUUUUGGAGCAUUCUGGAGCAUAUGGGACAAGGAGCAUGGAGGGACUUGGCACAUGGAAGCAGCUCAACUGGAUACGCAAAGGAAGAAGGGAGAAGCCAUCUUGAAGACCAGCUCGACCGUCUACUCGACCAACCGGUCGAGUUCCUCAACUCGACCGGCCAAGCUUCAACUCGAUCGAGCUGGAAGUCAAAGUCAAACCCGAAAAAUGUUGCUUCCCCCUUGACUUUCCUUUGA